AUGCUUUUAUUUUUCCACGCAGGUCCCGUCCGCCGACCAGCAAAUGUGGCCGGAAGACGAGUGGUGUCCUUGCCAGAAAUUAGCCAGGAAGAUCUGGACAUUGCCGGACGAGCAAGUCUUAGCAUCGUUCGUGGAAUAGACGAUGCAGAAAAAUCUUUACUGAAUGAUGGUAUAUUUGCGAAGCGGAAGUCUACCGCCUCUCAGCACGCUGCCUUCUUCGGCUUCAAGCUCAUCGUUCAGGCCCUCGGAAGGGACGGCCUCAUUGGCCUCGAAGCAACACGUGAACUGGCUCGACGGUUCAACCUGGACUCGUUGCAAGGACGGGACGGCCUUCAGCGGUUCAACAUUCAGAACACUGUCAUCGCCGAUGCUUGCCCCAAAAUUCCGCGUUGCCCUUCUACAAAGUUUCGAUCCGCCGAUGGGCUGUGCAACAACCUCCAGAACAGGGAGUGGGGGAAGUCCCUCACGGCUUACGAGAGGUUCCUGCCGCCAACCUACGCCGACGGUCUCACGCUUCCUCGAGUGAGCAUCGACGGGGGUCCGCUUCCCAGUGCAAGGAAAGUUUCUGUGACCCUGAUGCCGGACGUUGAUGUACCGAACCAACAGCACACCCUCAUGUUGAUGCAGUUUGGCCAGUUUAUUGACCACGACCUCACACUGACUGGUGUUACACGAUUCAGCAAUGGUUCAGCCAUCACCUGUUGUGACCCGCAACUGGUGGCGAACCCCACGAAGCGCCACUUCGCCUGCAUGCAGAUCGACCUGCCACCUGACGACCGAUUCUACGGCCAGUUCCAGCAGAACUGCCUUGAGUUCGUUCGUUCCGUGGCUGCUCCCAGGCCGAAGUGCGCAUUCGGACCCCGCGAACAGCUAAAUCAACUGACCGCAUACCUGGAUGGUUCUGCUAUCUACGGCUCUACAGAAGAAGAAGCCAAGGCUCUCCGAAGCAUGACGGAUGGCCGCCUGGCGACCACGGUGUUUAGCAAGGACGAGAUGCUGCCUUUGCAACCUGAAGGCGUCCACGCUUGGUCGGAGAUGGGGCUGCUUGCGUGGAGCAACGACUCGUUCGCGAGAGGUGUUGUCACAUUGCAGGAGAACAGCACCGAGACUAUGGCUGCUUGCGUCAGUGUGAAGGAUGGUGGGUGCGCCUGGAUCGAGAUGGCACAGUGCCGGGUCGGAUGUCAGGGCUUGCUUCCGGCCCCGCCUCUUGUCAAGCUCUAA